GUGCGACGCUUCCGGCGCGUCCGGGCCGAGGCGGAGCGGGAGCGGCGCGGGGGGGCCCGGCGGGGCCGGGGCGCAGGCCCUGAGGAUGUCGGACGGGAUCCUGAGCAAGGCGGCCACCAUGGAGAUCCCCAUCAGCAGCAACGGGGACACGAGCAGCCUGCCCGAGGAUGAUGGCCUGGAGCAGGACCUGCAGCAGGUGAUGGUGUCGGGACCCAACCUCAAUGAGACCAGCAUUGUGUCGGGCGGCUAUGGGGGUACGGCCGAGGGCAUCAUCCCCACAGGCACUAUCAAAGCCCCCCCGUUUCCAGGCUCUCUUGUCCACCCUCACUCCCCCCGAGGACCGUCGGUGCCCCCCAGCGCGCCCGCUGCCCGCAGGAUGGCCCACCCGGCCGCCUCCCCCGCAGGCCCCGGGCUGCACACACCCCCCCCCGGCCCCCCACCCAGCGGGGAGGAGGUCGUGCGUGGCAUCGCUGUCGAGAAGUUUGACAUCGUCAAGAAAUGGGGGAUCAACACCUACAAGUGCACCAAGCAGCUGCUGUCAGAGCGGUUCGGGCGGGGGUCCCGCACGGUGGACCUGGAGCUGGAGACACAGAUCGAGCUGCUGCGCGAGACCAAGCGCAAGUACGAGAGCGUCCUGCAGCUGGCACGGGCGCUCACGGCCCACCUGUACAGCCUCGUGCAGACACAGCACGCCCUGGGCGACGCCUUCGCCGAUCUCAGCCAGAAAUCCCCUGAGCUCCAGGAGGAGUUUGGGUACAACGCCGAGACGCAAAAGCUGCUGUGCAAGAACGGGGAGACGCUGCUGGGCGCCGUCAACUUCUUUGUGUCCAGCAUCAACACACUGGUCAACAAGACCAUGGAAGACACGCUCAUGACGGUCAAGCAGUAUGAGACAGCCAGGCUGGAGUAUGACGCGUACCGCACGGACCUGGAGGAGCUGAGCAUGGGCCCGCGUGAUGCUGGCGCCGUGAGCCGCCUGGACGCGGCCCAGAGCCAAUUCCAGAGCCACAAGGACAAGUACGAGAAGUUGCGGGCAGACGUGGCCAUAAAGCUCAAGUUCCUGGAGGAGAACAAGAUCAAGGUGAUGCACAAGCAGCUGCUGCUGUUCCACAACGCCAUCUCCGCAUACUUUGCCGGGAACCAGCAGCAGCUCGAGCAGACCCUCAAGCAGUUCAACAUCAAGCUCAAGACCCCUGGCGCUGAGAAGCCCUCCUGGCUGGAGGAGCAGUGAGCCCCCCGCACCCCCCCGGACGGGGGAGCCCCCCUGUGGGGUACACAUGGACCUGAGUUGUGGCCGGGGGCUUGCUGGAGGCACAGCCUGGGCCUGCUGGGUGUGGGGGCUGCCAGAGGGGUGGGGGUGGGGCCCAACUGUCCCACAGCCCCCCUCAGGGUAGAGUCCAGCAGCUCCUCAGCACAGACCCCCACAUAGCAGACAGCCCGAGAACCCCUGCCCCCCAGCACCACUGAGGGGCUGGGGACGCCCCCCUUGCUGGGCUGCACCCCCACCCUGGUCCCCCUGCUCACCUCGGGGUGGGCCAGGACCCUCUACUGCCUGCCUCUGCCUCCCCCAGGCAGGAUGGGGGUGUCCCCCCCCAGGUCCUUUCCCUGCUCCCCCGGGGAGACCCCUGCCUGUGGCACAGUGGAGCUGGGGGGGGCCAGCCCCAGAACAGCCGGGUCCCUCCUGUGCCAGGGGGCUGUGAGGGUCCCCUGCUGGGUUUCCCCCUGGGGGGGCUCCUGCUGUCCCCCCAACACCUGGGUCACCCCGGCUCCCUCCAGGCCAAUCCCAAGUGUUUCUGGGGUGGCUGCUCUUGCACUCCUGACCCGGGGGGGCUGCGCUCCUCAAAGCCCCCUCUGCUCCCCUGGGGCUGUGGCAUCCUGAGCUGGGGGGGGGUCCCUGCACGCUGCUGCUAGUGGAGCGGGGGGAGGGUGCUGGCCAAGCACUGGGACCCUGGGGGGGCCAGGGGAGCUCCAAGCAGGGACCAAACGCCAGCAGAGGCACUGGAGGUGCACACGUGUGUCAGUGCGUAUCUGCGUGUGGGGACACGUGUGUCCCAGGGCACGUGUGCUGCACACGGAGGGCCGGGGUCCUGGCCAGUGUCCCCCCCACCCCACGAGGGGCCCCCAGCCCGCCCCUGCACUUGGGCACUUUCUCCUGAGACAAAACUGUUGGUUUUUCUUGCUCAUUAAUUUAACCCGUAAUUUAAUGUUGGGAUCUGACCCCAACCCCCCUCCCGGUGGCGAUCUGACCCCCCCACACUUCUGUAAGACCCCAAUAAAUGGUACGGAUCAGUGUGUGC